AUUCCAGCCGCAAUUGCCAGUGCUCAGUGUUGUUUGUUGUGCUCCAAUUUUUGUAUGUUUAACACGGAAAUACUGUACACGUCAGUUGGUAGAGGAAGAAACUACAGAAACCAUACCACAUGAUUAGAAUGAUGUCAAUUGGUGAAAACAUUGAGAGUCUGCAAAUCCUGGAGGCCCAUUCCAGUGAUGUGACAUGCUGUGAUUUUGGAGGGAAUUUCUACCUUGCAUCAGGAUCUGGGGAUAAAACUGUCCGAGUAUGGGAAUGGAGUGCGGGGGAGGGGUAUGUGGAGAUGUCAUACUCUCCACUGACUGGUCACAAAUACGGUGUGACGUGCAUCCGAUUCUCACCACAAGGGACCAUGUUGGCAACAUCGUCUGUAGAUGGCUCCACCAUGCUCUGGAGUGUCCAUUCCGGAGUUCGGAUCCACACAUUUAUCCAGGUUAGUGGAGGGGCUGUGAGAACUUGUCGCUUUACACCAGAUUCAACCCUUCUUGUGUCAGCAGGAGAUGAUGGUUCAGUCUGUGUGUGGGACAUGGUUCACAGGAACCUUGUCAGGACAUUCCAGCAGCAUGAAGGUACAGUCCAGUCUGUCUCAUUCACGCCUGACUCACAGUACCUCCUAACAACCUGCACACUUGGUGUCAUGAAAAUGUGGCAUGCCUCAGACAAUAGUGAUGUCAGUCAUGGAGAUGCCAUAGUGUGCCUUGCAUCUGUGGAUGAUGCUCAUGACCUUGGUGUUGUAAGCAGUGACUUCUCUCCACAUCAGGAGCUCCUUGAUGAGGAUGGUUCCCUGAAUAAUCGGUACCUGUUGGCAACUUGUGGGAACGAUAAUGUUGUGAAACUGUGGCAUGUUGUUGUGGGCCAGUAUGUGAAGCAUCUUGAUAUGACUCCAUGUGAGCUCUCCAUUUACCUCACACUGGAGGGUCAUACAUCAGCUAUGAUGUGUGUUCGAUUCUCGCCCAGUGGGAGCUAUCUUGCAUCAUCCAGCCUGGACAAAACUCUCAGGAUCUGGGAGACCAGUGGUAACUGUGUUGCUGUGCUGGAGGGGCAUUCAAGAUAUGUCACAUGUUGCACCUUCUCCCGAGACAGUUCCCUGUUGGCAUCAGGUUCCAAUGACAAACGUGUUAUGGUGUGGAAUCUGGGAGGCAAGUUGAGCCUGGACUCUGAGCUUGUGAAACCGUGCCGUGCCUUAAGUCACUUUGGCAAUAGCAAUUCAGAGUGCUGUGGACUGUGGGAGCAGGAAGUGGUGAAGCAGGCAGAAGGUGAUGGGAACACAGUGAAAAUUUUCCAGAGAUUGGAGGAACAAAGUGCAGCAGUGAAUACAUGCGCCUUCUACAGCAACAAAUUCAUUGCUUCAGGAUCUGGGGAUAAGAUGGUCCGUUUAUGGGUUCGUAAUGAAGAGGGUCGUUUUGAAGAAUCAGAAAGUUCCCCAAUGGAAGGUCAUCGUUAUGGUGUUAACCAGGUAGAAUUCUCUCCAAAUGGAGAGCUACUGGCAUCUUGUUCUCUUGAUGGAUCCACAAUUCUUUGGGAUGCUGAGAGUGGUAGACGAGGACGACCAAGCUUCCAAGUUAGUGGCUCUGGUGUUCGAACUUGCCGCUUCUCCCCUGAUGGUCAUCUGUUGGUAACAGCAGGAGAUGAUGAAAAGGCAUUUGUUUGGAGCACCAACAUUAUGGAACAACACAUGGUUGUGGAAGGACACAAUGAUGCCAUAGCCGCUACAGCAUUCACACCUGAUAGCCAGUACCUGAUUACAGCUUGUUCUGAUGGCCACAUGAAGCUGUGGUGUGUAGCCCCGUGCUCCGAACAGUGCCUUCUGACACAGGAAGAUGCUCAUGACCUUGGAGUGCAAAGCUGUGACUUUUCUCCCACAGAGGGCAUAGCAGCAUCAAAGCAGAGCAACAGUAAGCGAUACCGUUACCUGCUGGCAACUUGUGGUAAUGACUCACUUGUGAAGCUGUGGUACAUAUUAGCAUUUCCAACGGACAAGGAAUUUGCAGUAGAUUGUGUGUUGCGGCGUCAGUUGACUGGCCAUGGUGGCAACGUGAUGUGUGUUCGUUUUACCCCAAUCACUGGAGAGAUCCUGGCAUCCACAGCAACUGACAAGACGAUCAGACUGUGGAAUGUGUAUUCUGGUGAAUGUGUCCAUGUGUUGGAGAGUGAUGAUAGCAUGGUGACAACUUGUGCCUUUUCUGGUGAUUCAUCCCUUCUUGCCACAGGUUCCUUAGAUGGGACACUACUGGUAUGGGAGUUGCCACAACAGUUGGUAUUCCAAGCUAUUGCAGCCACCAGUCUUCGGAGCCAUAGCAAACCGCUGCUGAACUGGAAUGCAGAGGAUGUGAAAUGCUGGUUAAAAGGCCUAGGAAUGGUACAUGCUGCAGAACGUGUUAGAGAGACUAACCUCAACGGAGGAUGGCUUAUUACCCUGACCUUUGAUGAGAUCCUUGAUAUGCUGCAGAUAGAUGAUGGUGAGGAGAGAGAGAGAUUGACCCUGCAUCUUUACUGGCUACGGAAGGAAGAUAAUGGGAUACCUGAGGUGCCUCUGGAUAUGGAUAUACCACAUGAGUUCCUAUGUCCUAUCACACAUGAGAUCAUGCAUGAUCCUGUUGUCUGCUCAGAUGGCUUCACUUAUGAACGUGCAGCGAUCAACGAAUGGUUAUUGAGUGGGAAAUUCUCAAGUCCAAUGACCAACGCACAACUUACAGACAUUCAACUCAACUCAAACACCAACUUGAAGACAAGGAUUUGCCAGUUUUUAUAUGGAGAAAACGUUCUGUGAUCAUAAUUCUUAGGUGUAACAUGUACUCACUUUGUUCUAGGAAUGAUGAUAUAGUGUUUGGGGAAAAAUGGGGUUUUAUGGAAAUCACUAGAAUAAGACAAAAGAGUACCAACCAUUUUCCAAACACUGUAGGUCUUUCAAAAGGAAAAGUGUUUCAUGUUUGUUUACAGUAGUUAGCUAAGACCAUGUCUGUAUUACUACACAAAUCCACUAUGUUUGCAACACUGAUACAAACAUAUCUAUUGUUAUUGGACAGGAGUGUAAAUGUUGUUUUCAGGAAGCGCGUUUUUAUAAUGCUGGUUAUAUUUGAAAAAUAAACAGUUUUAACAUUCUAAAUUUUUGUGUGAACUCUUUUAUUAAGUUAAUGUGGUUAACCAGGAAUGGGAGUCCAGUUACUAUAUAAUAAUAUAUACUAUAUACUAUAAUAACCAAUACUCUGGAAUGUUAAAAGUUUAUACCAUUCCAGAGUCUUGGUUAUUAUUUUUCAGAUAUAAUGUUAAAGUUCCAAAUGCAUUUCAGCAUUAUGUAUGAUGGAGAGUUCUGCUAGUUUAUGUGUUAUGGAAGUGGUCAUUAUCAACUUUGGUGAAAUUGUUUAAACAGUAACCAGCGUAAUAACAUAGAUUUCAGUCUUAUGGGAUUAACACCAUGUAGUGUGGUAGGUAGCUGUCACACUUCUACCAUGAAGACAGUGUAGGUAGGUUCCUCUGAAAAAUUGGCGCCUGUCUACCAAAGUACACUAUUUCACAUCUCAUAAGACUCUAAUCUUAAUCUUACUGCUGAGAGAACCUCAACUCUCACAGAAUAACUAGUUUACAAACACAUUAUAAAGGGGAUCAUAAAAUUUAUGUUAUUAUAUUAAUUUUACAUCGUUAUGACCAUGAAAAAUGAGUGUGUUUGUUCUUAAUGUUAAUGAAAACAAUAUUUGGGCAUGUUUUAAUUUGUGUCUAAUAAGCUAGUGAAAAGAUGAAUAAAAGAGAGGGAAAAUAAUUGCUCUGAACUACCGUGUACCAAAUACCAAAGUUUAUUACUCUUCAUCUGAUAGGACUAGAAACUUUUGAUGGAAAAUCUUGUUUCUCUUCAUGGUUGAUAACACCAUGUGGCAGUGUGCUUUGCUAUCAAUAAAUAGGGAAAAUUGGCUGUCUCUUGUCUUAUCUCUUAUGUGUGGUUGGCAGAAGAAUUAUCUGUUUUGCUAUGGCUGAAAACAUCAAGACAUUGAAAGUUUCUCCAUGCAAAAGUGAUGUGGGGUUCACAUUAACUAUCAUAGCAAGACAUUCCUUUCCAUUCAGUGCCCUCUGAAAGAGUCUCGUUAGUUCUGAAUCUCUAGAUGGAAUCAAUUUUUUGCCUCUGCACAUCUGAUUGUCAUUAGACAAUGUCUUUCACCAACAUUUUGGGUGUCUUUGGCACGUUCAGCACCAGCAAGAUCACAGAAUGAAAACAUGCAAAAACGAACAAAUUUUGUGUUCACAUUUGACAUACUGAAGAAGCUUCACGGUGAAAAUGCCAUGAGAUCUACUUGCUACACUGUUCAAGCCAGUUGAAGCAAAUUUUAUGUUGUCCGUAUAACAUAACCUGAUAAGCUUCAUCACCAGAAUUAACACAGACAUAUUGCAAUCCUUUUACAUAAAUUUGGCCUAUGUUAUCUUCACCUAAUGCCAAGUUUUAUCUCCUUUGUUUUCUUGUUCCUAUGGGCUCUAAUAAGUCAUAAACACCUCUCAUGAGGUGAAAUAAGAUUUUACAAAAAUAGUGAAAAAAAGAUUUAAUAGAAAAUUUUAAUGGAUUUUAAUUAAUAAUUUUAAUGUUAUUUUUAAGUGGACUGCAGCGCGCAGUUUUAGUGCACAUCAGAGCAGAGUAACAGUUUGGAUACAGUAAGAAACCUAAAUAUGGCCAUCUGUGGCCGAAACGUGUUGUGUUAAGUGUUAAAUGGUGAAUAAACAAAUGUUGCAUUAUUGAUGGAUUGUGGAUACAUAAACGUUUAAGUAAAGAUUUGCAACAGGAUGCUAAAAUAGAGAAUUCAUAUAUGUCUCUUAUGUUGCUUUAAAUCUUCUACCAAUUUCAAUUUCUCAAAAUAGAAUUAUUGUUUUCUCUAA